AUGGCCGAGACGUCGACGAGAAAUGCUGAAGGCCACACGAGUGGAAUUGUUGCGGCCACAGAGCGAUUGAGUCUUGAUGACUUGGAUCGAAGACCCGGCUCAGCAUCAGAGUUCUCAGCGGGUGAGCAUUCGCCUGCAAGUGAAACCCAUCCGCAACCGUUUCUCGCGCACACAACCACGAAAGUCUACUAUCAAAAAGAUGAUGAAACGAUUCCGUUUAUGACUGAGGUUCAUGUUCCACCCGAUUUGAUCACGUUGGGCGAUGUGAAACGAGUGCUGCCACACAAUAACUUCAAGUUUUACGCGAUGACACAUGACCCAGAUCUUGGAUCUGACGUAAAGCUGGAGUUGCGAGACGAUAUGCAGCCAUUGCCUCGGUCAUCAAAUGGACGUUUCUUGCUAUUCUUGCAGACAACCGAGGGUGGCUCGAGUCACGGGGGAUCCGAUCAAGGGAGUCUCGUUGGACCGAAUCGGAUCACACAUCGAAUGAAGCCCCAAGGCAAGCAAACGGUACCCGGUCCGGCUCCCGCAUAUCACGGACAGAAGUACAAUCACUACGACUCGAGCAUGUACUCAACGGAAAGCGAAUCGACAUUUUCGGGUAUUCCACCAGCUUACAUGAAAGGAUCGAUCGGACAUCGAUAUCACAAUCCACAAUAUUAUCCAUCACAAGGUUCGUGU